AAAUUCUUUCUUCUUCCGGUGGCGGAGCGCAGGUCAUUAGGACUGUCGACAUUUUGUCAGCUUCUUAGCAAAAUAGACCGUCUUCCGUGAUUGGGGGACAACUCGGUUGUCCUUAGAGUUGAUCUUUGUCGUCAGGUAGUUCAAGCUAGUAAACAUGUGGUAUGAAAUUCUACCUGGCCUCGGCCUUAUGACCGUGUGCCUAACGAUCCCCGGAAUCGCCACUAUGUACAUACAGAAAUUCACCAAUGGAGGAAAGGAGAAGAGAAUAGCUCGGGUCCCUUGGCAGUGGUAUUUGAUGGAGAGAGACAAGCGAGUGGCAGGAACGGGACGCUGCUACGACUCCAAGGGACUUGAAAACAUCAACUGAUGACGACGAUUAUGGAGACCUUAAAAAACAGAAAGUUAAUUGUGCUGUACAUUAAAAUAUUGUAUUUAAUAA